AUGGACGUCGCACGGGGAAAAGCGCGAGCGGACUCCGCACUCGCGAGGCGUAUGCGCAGCCAGACUCUACCGCCGACCGUCGCUCGCUCCCGUACGCCCAUCUGCGAAACCCCUAGCGACGCCGGCGUAAAUGGCAACAGCCGAAGCGAUAUGUGCACUGCGUACCUCCGCGAAUUGGCGCAGGAGAAGUUGCUGAAAUUGCUCCCACAUCGCAGGUCAAGGCUUAGAGAGGCGGAGGAGGGGGCUGCGGCUGCUGACAGCGGUGACAGAGUGGGGGACGGCACCACGGCCCCAGUGGAGCGGGUGCAGCUGAGGGAGCUGCAGGAGCUUAUAGUGAAGCAGCUACGACACGAGUUCCAGAGGCAUUUAACGCGCACUUCACAAAGUAAUGAUCGCCUGGUCAACAAACUGAGACAGGAGAACGUGGAGCUGCGGGCAUCAAUUGCCGCGCUUGAGAAGAGGGCGGCACAGUGCCCAUUGUGCAAGGAGCGCGUGGGAAGGCAGGAGCUGCGGUAG